AGAUGGAUAUGUAGAGGGAUGCUCUUCUGAAAAACGCGCAGUCUGCACCUCCCUGGAACGGACGCGUAAAUGUGCGCCACGAAGGAGUUCCUCAUAGGGUGAAUCAAGUUCAAUCCACGGAGAUUCUUUGCAUUGUUCCUUCCUCUUUGUGAUUUUUUUUAAUUUAUUGUUUAUUUAUUUUUGGAUAAUGGUGAUAACGUUUUGCUGAAGAUGCUCAUCAGUAUGGAUGACGGCGCGUUGCUCUCCGGGUGGAUGUUUCCGGACCAUUCCACCUCCUCCCCAAGUGUUUGUGUUUGCGCGUGAAGUUGACCCGAGGACAAAGCGCAGCGAUGAGAGGGAAAUACUUUCUCCUCGCCUUCUUGCUGCUCAAACUUAUGGCUCUGGUGUGCAAGGCGGACGGGGAGCCCGGACUGCUGGGGGGCUUCGUCAUGAUUGCCACCUCCAACGGCUCUCGGGAGGAAGAGAGCGUCUCCGAGGAGACGCCGCACACCGAGGACAAAUGUCGGGGCUACUACGACGUGAUGGGCCAGUGGGACCCGCCGUUCAUCUGCAAAACGGGCAACUACCUGUACUGCUGCGGCACCUGUGGCUUCCGAUUCUGUUGCUCCUUCAAGCAAUCGCGGCUGGACCAGAGUGUGUGCAAAAACUACGACACCCCGGUGUGGAUGAAGACCGGACAGACCCCCUACAACAAGAUGAACAAGAUGCACGACAGCACCAGGGACAAGACCAACCUGAUUGUCUACAUCAUCUGUGGAGUUGUGGCCAUCAUGGCUCUGGUGGGGAUUUUCACCAAAUUGGGCUUGGAGAAGGCGCACCGACCCCAGAGAGAGAACAUGUCCAGGGCCGUCGCCAGCAUGCUGCAGGGCGGGCGUCCAGGUGAGCAGUACCGCGGUGAGGAGGCCRUAGGGAUGCAUUCGCAGCACUUUGUUUCCAGGACCGCAAACCUCCAGAGUGGCCAGAUUAACAACAACCUGGGAUCUGUCUCAAAUGUUGGCCCACCACAACCGUACCCAGCCCUCAGCCAACUGGCUCAUGUCUACGAACAGCAGCAGCAGCAGCAACAGCAGCAGCAACAGCAACAACAACAACAACAACAUCAUCAACAACAACAACAUCAGCAGCAGCAGCAGCAGCAAAACAAGGAUCUGAACAAAUAUGCCUCGCUGAAGGCUGUAGCUGCCAAGUACAACGGUGAACUGUACAACAAGCGACGUCUCAUGGUUGAGCUGCCAACAAAGGGUGGCCUUCCUCUCCAGCCGAUGGGAAACUCCAGACCCUCCAUGGGCAACAUCUCAUCAAUGACUCCUUCAAUGACCACCAACACCAUGGCUGGAAACCCUAUGACUUCCAAUCCAAUGAACCACACCAUGACACAGAUGACCUCAAUGGCUCAAAUGGCAUCUAUGGCAUCUUUGGCACCCAUGACAUCUUUGACACCUAUGACUUCACUCACUCCAAUGACCUCAAUGACUCACAUGACCUCCUUGGGUCCACUGACUCCAGAGCCUGUGGCCACCUACAUUACUGAGAUGCCAAGCAUCUCCUCCAUCUCCAGCCUCCCAACAGAGAGGCACAUAGCAGGCGCAGGAGGGGGACUCAAGCCAAAUGGCCAAAAACCCAAAGGCAGCCAUAGUCAUGCUGCCCACAGCUCAUACGGCUCUCACACUCAUGUUCACAGCCACAGUAGCAAGCCGCCAGGACUUGGGGCUACUUCCUUGGCACAUAUGGUGGGGACUAUGCCAGGUGGCACAUCCCUGGGCAUCUCCAGGGCUGCUGAGACCUCCUUUGGCUCAGGCUCAGCUACAAUGGGCCGCCCAUUGGCGUACAGUUCCAACACAAUUGCAACUGGGCAUGCAACUGGGUUUGGGAUAAAGGGCUGGGAUGGGACAGAGACGGUGGGCAGGCGGAAGAGCUACGGGCACAAGAGGCCUCAGUGUACCGUGCUGGAGCCGAACCAACUCCACAGCACCAGGGGGCACAGCCACAGCCAACACUUCCUCCCCACACAGCCCUACUUUGUGACCAACAGCAAGACAGAGGUGACUGUGUGAGGGAGGAGGAAAACAAAAACAAACAGAUGAAAGGAUGCAUGUGGUGCGGCAACACAAGUAAUCUCUGAGGGGAGACGCCAACUCCUGGAGGUGUUCYAAGUUGAAGAUCUCCUUGUUUGUGUGACAAAGUGGAGGUCCAUUGCUAUAACGUGUCUGAGUGGUCCAAAAACAGGGCUCACCAAUCAAAUCACUGAACAGAUAUUGUAGACAAGAUGAUGGUGCCCAAGUCGGUGGUAUCAUAGGGAACUAGCUUAAGAGUCUAAAGAGCAGGAAUGUCUGUGCAUACGUGGGAAUGUUCGAGUGUUGUCUCACAGCUAAAGUCUUCUCUGUAAUGAUGAUGUCUCAGUACUGGAAGAUGGAUACAAACAGAUGUCAUGUGGGGUAAACUUUUAAUGAUAACAUACGUUGGUUUUACAAACCAAACCUGAGAAGCAAUAUUACAGAUAAAACAUCAAAAUAUGUCAGAGUAAAGGAAAAAUCAUGUUUACCAUCACAAAACAAGUUUUCUAAUUUGUUUUACAAAACAGUGAACUAUUUGGGAGACAAAAUUUCUAUGAUUCAUUUCCAGAUCCCCUGAGGGCUUUGACGUUGACACACAUGACGAGGGUGUUGGGCUUUGGAUUGUUGACAAGCUUUGUACUGUGGCUGUUCAGAAGCGCCUUAUUAAGCUCCGCCACCGAAGGUCACCCCUUUUCCACAAGGUUCUAGCAGAGAUGACAGGGGCUGUCACACUGCAUUGUUCUGUCCUGAUCUCAUCUGUGUGGUGAAAGCUCACCCUAAGGAAGGAUGAAGAGGCACAGAAGCACCAUCUGGGUGAUGCUGUAGCUCAGUGUAUAAGCCGUCGUGAUCAGCAUCAUGUUCAUGUCCAAACACAGAAACGUGGAGGAACACAUUUCCACAUAAAGAAAGACUAAAGAACACCAGGUUUUGUAGGUUUUUUUUAAUAAUGCUAAUGAUUUGGGAGUUUAACAGUUUUAAAAKAAUCUGUGCAGGCUGUCUCUGCAUUUAAAUUAAUUGAAUAAAUUAAAACAUCAGAGUUCUCCAAAACUCAGAAGACCCUAAAUGUCUGAAGGUUAAUGAAAAUGGCAGCUAAAUUACUAAACUGUUAUUAUGUAAUUAAAACAGGUGUUUGUUUGAACCAUUGUUGCUAAAUAAUAACUGAGAAGACUGAGUGCUAAUUUUAUGCCCAUAUCUUAUGAUGCAAGAAGCAAAUAACUCAGCUUGAAACAAAAAUCAAAAACAGAAGAAAAAAACAGCUAGUCUGUCAAGUGCAAUAAAACAAAUCCAAGUAAAAUGUCAUCUAUUGUUACUCUAAUAUAAAACUGGAAAAAAAAUCCUUUUGUGUUGAGGGAGGUAAUGUGACAGAAUAAUCUUGACAUUGGUUUUAAACAGUGGUGUAAAACAUUUUCUUGAAGAAAAGCAGCAUUUGAUGUAGUAAAUAAAAGAAAGACAACAUGUCACCCUGAAAGUGGACAAAGUGGGACAUGGACAUGUCAGACAGCAUCUCUAAAAUAUGUCUGAAAUAGUCUAAACACAGACCAAACACAAGUUUAGAUCUUUUCUUCCAAAAGAGAAUUAUGCUGUAAAAAGUGAUGGGAAGUAAAUGUCUUAAUUCAUCUAUUAUUUCUUUACAUGUUGCUUCCAGGGAGGCAGACUUACUGUAAUUAUUUAAGUAUUUUCAACAAAAUYUUUCCGUUUUUCUUUUAGUCUUUGUCUGCUUUUUCUUUUAUUUUCUGUUCAGAACCUGACCAGUUUCAGAUGAAUUUUAAUCUUUUUUAAGACACCUAAUUUGAAGUCAUUCAGGUAUAAAAAGGAUCCUAAACUCAAGAAAUGAACCAGACAAUARAACAAAGAACCAGUUAGAUGAGAUUAUCAAACACUGUUGUGACAAACAUUUCACAAAGACAGUUUAUUUCUAUUUUUGUAGUUAAAUCUAUAAAGAAAAAUCUACAAUAACAUAUUUUGACACAUAAAUAGUAUUUUUACACCAACAAGAUGAUUCUCGAAGCAUUAGAUGAAAACCAGAUGCGUAAGUUUGCAUGUUCUCUCCGUGCAUGCGUGGGUUCUCUCCGGGUACUCCGGCUUCCUCCCACAGAC